AUUAGCAGUAUGAGAUAUCUUGAAACUGUAUCCAUUAACUGGCUCUCGCUCUGUUUUAUUGGUUUCACAAGCAGCAAACACAGCAAUAGCAUAUGACUAUGUCUGCAAUAUAGAGACAGCAGAAGACGGGUUAAUCAGAGCUCAGGUAACUAAUUUCUUUGUGCAAAAACCAUCCGUCUGUCUGAUUAUCAUUAAGUGGACAUGACAGCACUAAUGGGCAAGAGGGAACAGGGGCAAUAGGUUCAAUCUGACUCCUUAAAUUACAGAGUGACAUCACGCAGAGGAGUGACAAGCUGCCAGUUGCUGACAACAGGAAAACCUCUUCAGGAAAGUUAGUGGACAUCAAGUAAAAGGGACAGAAGAGAUGACCAGAAAGCAAGAUAAGUAUUGCCAUAAUCUGAUAAAUGGGGGGGUACGAGUUGUAGUUAUAUGUGAGUGAUUUGCCAGCAAAACCUUGUUUGUAGAUCAUAGUGACUAUGCAUAUCUAAGAGAAAUACAAAUGCACUUACAAUAUUAAAGAUAACGCAUUGGCUAAAGGCAAGCAAGUAGCGACUGCAAAGCCCUGCAAAAGAACAUAUGAAAGACUGAUACUAGACUCAUUCGGAACAGUGGACAGGAGAAAUAAUCAGAAAGGAUCAGUGGUAUACAGGACACAUAUCAUAUCUAUCAUACGUAACAAGGAGAGAAGGAAAAAAUAAACGAGUGAGAUAAAAGACAAUCGAAAAAAACAAACCUCUAAGUUUAGAAGUGGAAUCCAUGCAUUGCUGUAUCAAAUAGACAAGCUAGGAUAAUUCAAAGGUGACAAAUGGAUAAAAGGCUUUGAUGCAGCACCAUUUGGAGGAUUCCUGCUUGUGGAGCAAAACUGAAGAUCCCGAAGUCUAAAAAAGGUCUAUAAGCGACCUUUAGUGGUUACAAUCAUCAUUGAAGGUAAGAUUUGAGGCCAACAGACGAAAUGGUGCCAAGAAAAUUCUGGACCCAGCCUAGCGUGAUUGUACCAGCCCUCUUCAUGAUUAGUGCUGUAUAUGGAAUGAAUAAAUCCAAGCCGGUCCUGAUGCGUCUAUCGGAUGAACUCAUGGAAGGAUACAAGAAAGGUGUGAGGCCAGUGCAUAACUGGAGGCAGACAACCACCGUCUUCAUAGAUGUCAUGGUGUAUGCCAUCCUAGGAGUGGAUGAGAAGAAUCAAGUUCUCACAACAUACAUAUGGUAUAGACAGUUUUGGAUAGAUGAGUUUCUCACUUGGGAUCCCAAGGAGUAUGAAAAUGUGUCUCAAAUAUCCAUCCCUACAGAGAAGAUCUGGGUCCCAGACAUUCUAAUCAAUGAGUUUGUGGAUGUUGGAAAAUCUCCAGAUAUCCCUUAUGUCUAUGUCAACCAUGAAGGCAGAGUUCAAAAUUACAAACCUAUUCAAGUAGUGACUGCUUGUAGCCUCAAUAUCUACAAUUUCCCAUUUGACCUUCAAAACUGCUCACUGACAUUCACCAGCUGGCUUCACACAAUUCAGGACAUCAAUGUAUCUUUGUGGAGGACACCAGAAGAAGUGAAAGAGGACAAAAGUGUUUUUAUGAACAAAGGAGAGUGGGAGCUCCUGUAUGUAUUACCUCAAUAUAGAAUGUUUGUGGAAAAUGAAGAUAGUUUUGCGGAAAUGAAAUUUCAUGUUGUAAUUAAAAGGCGACCCCUUUUCUAUGCUGUCAAUCUACUUCUUCCCAGUAUGUUUCUCAUGGUGAUGGACAUAAUUGGGUUCUAUCUUCCUCCUGACAGUGGAGAAAGAGUCUCGUUCAAGAUCACCCUACUUCUGGGUUACUCAGUUUUCCUCAUUAUUGUUUCAGACACCUUACCAGCUACUGCUAUCGGAACCCCAUUAAUAGGUGUCUACUUUGUAGUUUGCAUGGCACUCCUGGUAAUUAGCUUGACCGAGACAAUAUUGAUUGUUCGAUUAGUACAUAAGCAAGAUCUCCAACCUCAUGUUCCAGAGUGGGUGAAAAGAUUGGUACUGGAAAAGAUUACAUUUUUAUUAUGCAUUCGGGACAAGAAGAAAUAUAGUGCCUCUCCGAUCCACAGUUCUAAUAUGUCCCAACAAAUGGAGAAUAGCAGCACAGCUAAGCUUGCCCAUUACAACUCAGAAAACACUAAAGAAUAUGACGGAUCGAUAGGAGCCAUUCUACCUACAAAGGAAAGCUCUGUAGUAGUGGAUAGCAUCCUCCAUGAAAUUGCAUCUAUCCGGCAGUAUUUGGAAAAGAGAGAUGAAUACCGUGAUAUAGCAAGGGAGUGGCUACAGGUCGGCUAUGUCCUUGAUGUUCUACUUUUCCGCAUUUAUCUGGUGGCAGUGCUGGCAUACACAGUUACCUUGGCAACUAUGUGGUCCUACUGGCAGCAGGCCUAAAACCUAAUUUGAAGGAAGUAUGCUGCAAAGCCUUAUUCAGCAUGAAUUAUAUAUGUUAAUACAUUUAAAAAGACCCCAACAUUAACAGGCAUUAACUGGAAGUUUUCCUCUUUUUAAUAUAGUGCAGCCCACCCUCUCAGGGAUUGGUGUCUGUGCUGUUAUUUUUUUUUCUGCCAGAGCAGAAAUGUCGGCCAAGUGUCAAGCUGUAAGACCCCAUGAAGGCUGAUGUGUCACCUGCCUAAGCUCAAGGCUGACCUUUGUACUCUGUGUCCUUGUUGAUUGAAAUGUUCUAGUUCUGACUUAGCAAGGGGACCUCUGCAGAGAGGCCAAUGUUUCUACACAGAGCAGGGUCCCUUUCUGUGGCAUAUGGGCAGUGGAUAGACUUUUCUACUCAGGCUGUGGCUGCUUUCUAAAGAAAACAAACUAUAAGACCUAGUACGCCUUUUGUUUUGAUGUGCCUGGAAAGUAUUUAAACCAUAGGUUUCGUUGGACAUUAUGUAUAAAUCUUGUGAUACACUUUUAUGUAUGAACUAGCUGUACAUACAUAUUUAUAUAUAGUAAUAUGGCUAACUAAGAAUAAUUUUACGUUACAUAAAUAUAUUAGCUCUAUUACACAAUGGGGACGAUCUUCUAAAACUGGAGCCCUGAGAAUCUGGUGCAGCUGUGCAUGGUAGCCAAUCAGCUUCUAACUUCAGCUUGUUCAAUUGAUCUGGAAGCUAAUUGGUUUCCAUGCAGAGCUGCCCCAAUGUGUAUUAUAUAAGAGAUUUCUCUGUUCUGUCAAGGUACCAUUAAGUUUUGUGUAUAUUGUUAUCCUCCCAUGCCAUAUCUCUCCCUCCCAUGUUUGUCAAAACCGUGUAAUGAAAGACUGUCGGAAAAGGCAAGAAUUUAGAAGGACUGAGAAGUGCAGCAGAGAACAUGCAGCAAAUAUAAUAUAUCAUUAUAUUGCCUUA